AUGGUUUUUGAGAUAGAUAUAACAUAUUUACAUGGUGGACACAAUGGUGCGCAAGGUGCACAAGGAAGGCAUGGUGGUGGACAUGGUGGCAAGCAAGGAAGGCAUGGUGGUGGACAUGGUGGCAAGCAAGGAAGGCAUGGUGGUGGGCAUGGUGGCAAGCAAGGAAGGCAUGGUGGUGGGCAUGGUGGAGCACAAGGGGCACAUGGUGGUGGAAUAGAGAAACAAGGUAGAGGACAUAGUGGUACUGGUAUCAAUGCUGGUGGUGGAACACAUGGUGCACAUGGUGCACAAGGAAGGCAUGGUGGUGGACACGGUGGCAAGCAAGGAAGGCAUGGUGGUGGACACGGUGGCAAGCAAGGAAGGCAUGGUGGUGGGCAUGGUGGUAAGCAAGGAAGGCAUGGUGGUGGGCAUGGUGGUAAGCAUGGGAGGCAUGGUGGUGGGCAUGGUGGCAAGCAAGGAAGGCAUGGUGGUGGACACGGUGGCAAGCAAGGAAGGCAUGGUGGUGGACACGGUGGCAAGCAAGGAAGGCAUGGUGGUAAGCAAGGAAGGCAUGGUGGUGGGCAUGGUGGUAAGCAUGGGAGGCAUGGUGGUGGGCAUGGUGGCAAGCAAGGAAGGCAUGGUGGUGGACACGGUGGUGGGCAUGGUAGGAAGCAUGGAGGUGGGCAUGGUGGUGGGCAUGGUGGUAAGCAUGGGAGGCAUGGUGGUGGGCAUGGUGGCAAGCAAGGAAGGCAUGGUGGUGGACACGGUGGUGGGCAUGGUAGGAAGCAUGGAGGUGGGCAUGGUGGUGGACAUGGUGGUAAGCAUGGGAGGCAUGGAGGUGGGCAUGGUGGUGGACAUGGUGGUAAGCAUGGGAGUGGGCAUGGUGGUGGUAAACAAAGAUCUAGGCAAGGAUAUGGAAAUCCGCCGCAUGUGCCACAAGGAUUUGCUUCAACCUAG